GACACAGAGGGAGCAUGAGUUACAGAAAGAGAACCUCAAGCUCUCCAGCGAGAACCUGGAGCUGCGCUUUCAGUUAGAGCAGGCUAACAAAGACCUGCCACGUCUUAAGGCUCAGGUGUCUGACCUCAAAGAAAUGUGUGAUGCUCUGAAAAAGGAGAAAGCAGAGGUGGAAAAGAAGCUGGGUAAUAUCCGUGGGGUAGGUCAUUACAUUCUUGGAUAUCUGAUACAUUUAGAGUAAUAAUUGUGAUAAAUAUGUGUAUUUAGUUUAUGUCACUGCUUGUCAUCAGUAUGGAAUAAAGCAUGUCUGGUCAUGCAGGGCGUGUACUGUAUGGUGUGAUGAAGCAGAGUUACUGUUAUUGUCCCGAAGGAUCAGUUUUUACAUUGAAUGUUGUGGAACAUCCACGAAACAAAAGUAGUUCCUGGAAUCGCUUACACUACAGCAGCGAUAUACAUUUGUUCCUCUAUGUUUUCUUGUUUUUGACAGCCAGUGCAGUCUGGACGAAGCGGAAAAACCGUCCCCAAGCUGCAGAAGACCAUCGCCCUAAUGAAGAAGGUGGUGGAGCGGGUGCAACGAGAGAAAGAGCUCGGCGACGCAAUCCAAGCGCAGCUCACCGCUCUGCAGCACGAGCACGAGAAACUCAAGGCCGAAUACGACAGGACGAAAGAGCCGAAUCAGCUGACAUCCAAACUCGAGUCGCAGGCUAAAGGAAUGGAGAAAAUUGUGAUGGAGAAUGAGCGGCUGCGCAGGGACAUCAGAAAGGUUUCAGACAGUUUUGGGUGCGGUGGUGGUCUGGGAAAAAGAGUUCACACAGUGAAAUUACUGUAGUAUUUAGUUCUGAAAAAUACAGACCUGCCUGAAAUGUGGUUCUCUUUUGCAUGUCUCCAACAAAUACAAGGAAAGUUACACUGAAAGAUUUUAUUCUGAUAUUCUGGAUCAUGGCAUACAUGUUGACAGUCAGUAUCUGAUUACAAACUGAACUGAAAUGUGACAUUCAC